ACUUUACAAACACAACCUCAUAAGUGAAACAGAAUUGAAAUGUUCUGCAGACCUUCAGCACUCAGAAUGAAAGCUCUGGUGUUCCUUGUGCUCUCUCUGUAUCAGUGUGCUGUGGUGCAGGGUGGAGAUGUUACUCCAGAGGGCCACCUUGGAGAGAGUUCCUAUAUCUUGAUGAUCACCAGUGAUGUCAGCGAAAUAAAAUCCAUCCUGAAAUCCCAGACAGCUCUUUUGGAAGAGUGGAAGAAUCAAAAAGGACAAUCAAAUGGAAACACAUGCGACAAUAACAUUCAGUCUGAGCUCACUGAACUGAAAUCCACAGUGGCAGAGCAGAAGGUCAAGCUGGAGGCACUCGAGAAACAACUAGCAGAUAAACCCAACGUCGCGUUCUCUGCAUCUCUGUUUGGUCAUGCUGGUCGUACCAUGGGAGGAUACUCGACUAGGGAAAUCUUGAAGUUUCAGAAAGUUUUCACAAACAUCGGACAAGCCUACAAUCCAAGUACAGGAAAGUUCACCGCUCCGGUGAAGGGCGUGUACUACUUUGGCUUCUCUGCUUUCGCAAACGAACGAUCCAGCAUGGGCGUACAUCUGCGCAAAAACGGCGAGCAGAUCGUAGCUACCUACGAUUACAACAGCAACCAUAAAGACGUGAACGGAGCCAACAGGGCCGUGCUGAUGCUGGAAAAGGGCGAUGAAGUGUACAUCGAGCUGUGGUCCGGUCUGUACAUUUUUGAUAGUUACAACAGUGUUAGCACCUUUUCUGGGUUCCUGAUUUCUCCAAUGUAAUAAAAAGUGUGCCUCUAUAUUCAGAUUUGAGUGCAAUGCAGAGCAUUCGUCCGAAACAAAGCUCAGCUUCUAUUAAUUCUAAUAUUGAAUACAACAAAGAAAAAAGUGCUUUGAGCUUUGAGGACUAUGAUUUGUGUCUCAAAACUGUAUCUCAAUAAUAAACAUACAUAAUUUAUGCUUUA